AGACACGUGUCUUCAGCGUUUCCUGGGUUGAUCACGUGGCUCGCCGUCCAACGCGGGUAUCGAAAGCAUGUAAAAAGUCGCCAAAAGAAAUACAACUUCAUUUUGGGAAACGACUAAAACGACUUUUUCGUCGCAGUAAAGAUGUCAACGAACAGAGAGCGAAAGCUUUUCCAGUGCCUUUUCGGAGUUGAGGAGCCAGAUCUGAGUCCAUUUGACCGCCUACAGCAGCAGAUGGAGGAUAUCCUGGGUAAUGGAGGAAUCUUCAAAGAGGUGAUCUCCCCUGGAUAUGGCCCCCCUGUGUCCCCAAGUGCUUCAGUCUUGAUACAUUACUCCGGCUUCCUGGAAUAUUCUGACCAGCCGUUUGAGACCACUACUCGCCUCAAGCAUCCCCGACUCAUGAAGCUGGGUAGAGACAUGACUCUGAUGGGAAUGGAGAUGGGCCUGCUGACCAUGCGCAAAGGCGAGUCCUCCCGCUUCCUCCUGCAGCCGCGUUACGCCUAUGGAGACAUGGGCUGCCCGCCGCUCAUCCCCGCUGCUGCCCGCAUUUUGUUCGAGAUCCAAAUCCACGAUGUCUUCAACACAGGACAAGUGGACGGAUUUGUCCAACUGACUGCGGAGGAGCAGAAUGAGUGUCCAUUUUCCAACCUGAUUGAAGUGGUCAGCACGCUUCGUACUAUAGGCAACAGAUGCUUCAAUCAGAGUCGCUACGAAAAAGCCAAAGAGCAUUACAAGCAGGCGUUGGCGUUGUUGACCAACAGGGAGAUUUACAGCGAUGCCGGACGGGCGGAGAUCCAUGCGGCGCUGCUGCCCCUUUAUCUGAAUUUGUCCUUCGUGGCAAUUCGUCUGGAGAGACCGCGGAAAGCUCUCAAAUACGCCAAGAAGGCUCUGGGGGUCGACUGCAGCAGUACCAAAGCACUUUACCGCUGUGCACAGGCGUACGUGGAGCUGCGGGACUACGAGAGCGCUUACAGUUGCCUCAUCAGGGCUCGGGAGAGAAGCCCUUUUGACCGCGACAUCAACAACCUCCUGAUGACCGUGACAAUGUGCUACAAAGACAGCUCGGAGAAAGAGAAAGACGUGUACGGCAAGAUGUUCCCAGGCUAUUAAGAGGCCGCAGGAGAUGAUGUUACGAGCGAGUGAGGAGCCACCGCAGAACCAGAGUGAAAUGUUGGUGUUAUAAACUUUGUAUUGCGCCCCUUUGAGAUGUCUCGCAAAUGUUCCCUUGCAGAAGUGCAUUGUUUUUGUUAUGUUUUAUUUCCCCCCCUCUAAGUUAAUCAUACAGAAAACAUU